GCUAUUCUCUUUUCACUUUCAUUCACCAUGGCAGACACGUUAAAAGACAUUCCUGAAUUCUUCGAGUCUGAACUUGGAGAGUCCAUUAUCGCUAGAACUGACGCCUUGGGCGCAUUUCGUGAACUAGGCCCUCCCGACCUGUGCCACAUCAUCAAAGCUAAUGCUAAACCUGGUGUUAGAGAAAUUGGAAGCUAUCAUUAUGUAUCUGGUGUUGAUGCAUCAUCGUCUGCUACUUUAGCAGCUUACUUGAAUUCUUUGACGUACUCCAUGGAUGAAUCUCAAUCAUGGUUUACAAAAUCCAAUGCAUGGAGAAUUAGAUCUGGGAUCUACUGCUGUUUUAACGCAUUCUCUCGUGUGGAUGUCCGUGUUGAAGUGAAGAUUCCAGGAGGUGUUGAAAGUUACUAUGUAGAUGUGCGUGGCGAGAGACACGAGGCCACUGCUUCAAUCUGGCAAGAGACAUACCUGUCGGCGAUACUCAGAGCUGUCUUAUAUUCGGAUGACAGUUAUUAUCGCCUGGCUGGUUAUCGUAAAAUAGAUCCAAUCACCAGUCUUUCCGCCGAGGCACGCUUUUUGGAAGCUGUAGAAAAUUUGUUCUGGAGAGGAUGGCAAUUGGGAAGCAAGCCUGAAAUUCAGGUGGCCACUUCAGUACAUAAUCAUCUGACAGCCGGUGUGAUGAAGUACUUUGGGGAUAGUUUCCGCUAUGGACCGGCAGAUCCUGAAGUUGGCGCACUUUUAGCUCAGGCUUAUAUAGGCCAGAACGAGGAAAUAAAGGCUGUCAAGGUUCUUCAUGAUGACCUCAAGCAGACUCCUAUGAGUUAUCCUCUCUUGCAUGUUCAGGUUGAUUUUCUGAGAAGCAAGGGUCAAUAUGAUAUGGCCUUGAAAUUGGCCAAGUUUGCCGUUAAUACCACUCCCUCCGAAUUUCUUACAUGGGCAAAGUUGACAGAAGUGUAUAUUGAUAUUGAGGAUUACAAGAACGCUCUCUUGACCUUGAAUUCUUGCCCCAUGUUCACCUACAGUGAGCGUGAUAUGCACCGUAUGCCUGCUCCAUCAAAGACGCAUUUGCCCAUUAAGCCUGAUAUUGUUAGCUCAGGUGUUAUGGAGGAGGAUUCUGCUGGAAGAGAAACCGAGGCAGAUCCUAAUCUCUUGCGUUUGCCGGCCCCAGCACUCCACGGAACUUUUGCCAAGGCAUACACUCUCUUGACUCGCCUGGCAGCUAAGAUUGGAUGGGAUGAUUUGUUGAAGUGCAGAUCGGUUGUAUUCGUAAUGGAAGAGGAAUACAGAAUUCAAAAGGCAAAGGAAGAGGAAAAAAAGACAACCCACAGCCCUACCACAGAGUAUUCUCCCGUAGAAAAGCCUAUCAGUGAAAAGAAGCCUAUUGAAGAAGAGGCCUCUUCUGAGGAUGAUGAACCUCUUAAAUCCAACGAGGCUGAAACAAAGUCAGAUGAGUUGGUCGAUAAUAUGGAAAAUGUGAACUUGGAAGAUGAGGAUAAGUCUAGUUCCCCCAAGGUGGAUGGACCCAAUAUCACUGCUCCUUCUCUUGAGCGCCCACAACAGGCUGCUGAAGAUAAUAAAGAGAAGGACUUGGAGAGCAAGGCACCAGAUGUCAGCUUCUCAUUUGGCAACAAGCGUCUUUGUGAGCGCUGGCUCGAUAACCUAUUUAUGGUUCUUUAUGAAGAUCUUCGUGUGUACACCUUCUGGAGAACCGAGGCUGCUCAUUACCGUGCGCAACAGAUGUCUUACCGCAAGACUGGUACUGAGUGGGAGUUGAUGGGUGAUUUGGCCUUGAGAUUGUGGCAUGAGAAUGAGGCAAAAGAAGCAUAUGAGCAAUGCCUUGAUCACAAAUUCUCUGCAAAAGCAUGGAUGAAACUUCUUGAAAUUUAUGCCAAGGAAGGAAAUGUUCAAAAGGCUCUUUUAGCUGCAGUAAAGCUGACUGUUUAUCAUGAGCGUUGGUACCACGAAAUUGUGUACCCCACUGAGAUUGCAUGCAACCUCAACAAGCUUAUCAGAAAGGAAGGCUUGUCAAAGAUGCAGAACAUCUUGACAUCGAUGAACUUGCCUCGUCCUGUUGAAAAGUUGAUGACACGGUACUUUGAUUACGGAGAGCUAUUCAAGGUGGAAGGAUAUGAACUUUAGAGAAAACAGAAGGAUAGUUAUAAUUCAGUCAGCAGAAACAAUAAUAAAUGAUUUCCUAAUAAUAAUAUUUUUUCAACCAUCUU